AUGACAAAGCUCCAUAUGUCCAUUCUGCUGUUGCCCGACGACCUGAAUAAACUUCGCCAAGAAAUUGAUCAACUACGACUUGUCAGUGGACGACUUGCUCAAGGUGGAGACGCGAAGAAAAGCAUUGAAGGAGCUGGAGAAUUGCUUAGACAGCCAUCCUUAGAAUCUGUGGCUUCACUGGCCAGUCAUCGGUCUUCAAUGUCGUCAUCUAGCAAAUCUAGUCGAACGGAUAAGAGCAGUUUGAAUAGCUUUGGAAAAACAAAGAAAAGCUGGACGAAUGGAGUAGAUGUACAGGUAAAUGAUCAUCGUGAUGCGUAUUGUGGUGUACUGUUCAUCCGCUCCUCGCUAACCAAGGCAUUUUCGAAAAAGAAGAAAAGUGGUGGAACAUCGGAUACGGAAAGCUCACCACAUCAUGCGCUGAAUACAAUCAGCGGAUCUUCGAGCAGCAGACGGCAAUUUUUCCAUUUAAAAAAUGAGCUGAGAAAACUGAAUUCCCUAGGUGAAAAUCGGCAUCUCAGUAAUUUCAUUGAAAAUUCGCAUCCUCAAACUAUCCUUAAAUUCAGUAGAUCCUCUGGCUGCAAUUCAGUGAAAGUAACUGUAAAUGUCGAUCUACGUGGAACUAUAAGCAAUGCGAUUUGUCCUGAUAAUGAGAUUAUCAUAGGGUUCUUAGCAAUUCCUGGAAAGGAAACUUCUUGGGAAGAGCUAGACCAGCAGAUCUUCUCCCUAUUUGAAGCCUAUAUAGCCCGCAUUGACCCCGAUCAUCAUCUUGGACUACAUUGCUCGGAAAGUGUGAUAGGGUAUCAGAUGGGUGAGGUAGUCCGUGAGAAGGGAGCCACAUCCCCAGUUCAAGUGCCGGGAGAUGUCCUAGCGCCUACAACUACUGUUAGAAUGUUCUUGAGA